AAACUGAAAACAGAAACGGAAAUAUAAACAAUUAGUUCCAAACUCAACCGUGAAUAGAAGAUGCCUACAAUUAUUUCUUUUCUCUUACUGUGUUCCAUAUUGCGUGUUUGAAAUGUAAACAAUAACAAAGACUCCACACCAUCUGCACGCUGUUUAUCCAUUUAAAAGCCGAAACACAACCCUUAUCAGUUGUUUUCCAACCCUCUUUGAAUGCACUGCCUCGCACUAAUCCCUGCUAAAACCAAGCUCUCACCGCGCAACUGCAGGUUUAAGUGUCAAGAGCAGUGACACUUGGCGUAACAACGUGGAACAGUGUGUGGCACAAAGACAUUAAGCAAAGACUAAACGUCGAUAACUGGGAAUAUUAAGUUUUUCUUCUAAUUUUGCCUAUUGUAUUUCAUUCUAAAGUUUUUCGCUUUUUAUUCAUAACAUUAAUCUAAACUACGUAAAUAUAUGUACAUAUGUACAUAUAAACCAAAUGAAAAUCGUACUAAAUAACAAAUGAUUUAAGCAAAACACAGUGGGAAGAAUAUGCAAUACACUAACCUAUGAACUCGCUUGGAUUAAACGAACGGCUGAUAGCCGAAGUGCAGGCACGUAACUAUCUUGGAGUGCUCAAUUGCCUGAUAGAGGGUGCCAGGGCAACCAUGGUGUGUACUAGCUUUCGACGCACAGCUAUUGGAACGGCGGCUAUUGUGGGUGAUGCCAAUAUUCUGGAAUUGCUCAUACUGUCAUGUGAACAACCUGAUUGUGAUAUGUUUAAUAAAAAUCACUCGAAAUCUUAUGAAAUGGAAACAGACUGCACCCCAGAUGGCAUGGACAAUCUGGAGUGGGAAGAUGAAUUUAUUGAAAAUUGUAACAACUGCAAUCAAAGUGGCGCUGAAGAAGCCGCCUCGGAUGCCGAAGACACAUCACUCUACUAUUAUUAUGCCAAAACCUUUGAGCGUACAGGUGCUAUUAUCUCCCGCUUGGAUGAAUCCUAUGCGAUAGCGUCAAAUUUGGAAUAUCAACAAGAUAUUCAUCGUGCGGAUGAGCAAUUGUCAACACCUUUGCAUUACGCGGCCGGUUGUGGAAAUUUGGAAUGUGUACGUGCACUACUCUCACACGGUGCAUCGGUGGAUGCAGUCGACAGUAAGGGUAAUACACCACUGCAUGUGGCCGUAGACUCUCCGGAAGUAGUACGUAUUCUAUUGAAGCAUGGCGCUAAUCCUAAUUUGAAAACUAUCAACACCGGCGAAACACCUUUGCAUUUGGCUAUAAAGAAUUGUAAUAAGACAGUGGUCAACAUCAUAUUGCAAUCGGCUGUGAAUGUCAACGCAACAGACGACAACGAUCAAACACCGCUCAUGUGUGCCAUAGCCAAAAAUCUGGAAGAUAUCGCAAUUAAUUUAAUUGAACGUGGCGCCCGCGUCAAUCUACAGAACAAGGAUGGAUAUAGUGCUCUUUACUACGCUGUCUUGAGGAAAAAUCAAUCGAUGACAAUGCGUUUAUUGCAAAGUGGCGCUCGUCGCAUCACUUCACAUUAUCUGCUGCACCAUUGCGUACUCUACGAUAUGCCGGAUAUAGCUGAGAUUUUACUUAGUUACGGCAAUAGUUUGAAUGUGCGCAAUGAAGCUGGCGCUACGCCCAUUCUGCUCGCUAUACUCAAGAAGAAUGUCAACAUGCUGGAGUUGUUGCUGCGUGCGGCUGCGGUGCAACAAUCAAAGGGAGCACCACUAGUUGACAACGUGGAAACCGAGCUAUUGAUCGCUGUUCAAUAUAUUGAUACCGUGCAAGAAUUCGAACCCAUUGCCCGCGUACUGUUCGCUUAUAGUGACGGUAGAUGGAUGAAUUCGUCGUGCUCAACUCUUCCGUCAUCUUUUAGUACAUUCGCCCACACGCCACUGUUGCACGCAAUUACGCUAAACAAGUUCGAUAUAGCUGAAUUUUUAGUUAAGGAGGGACUCAACAUAUCACAGGACAAUUGUGAGCAUGGGGUGAGGGAUGUUCGCUUAGAUAAUUUACCCAGAUGUUUGGAGCUUACAAAACUAUUAGUACACAUCGGUUAUAAAUUCCCCUAUAAGCGACCGCCAUGGCCGAAAACGUGGACUGAUGAAGAGCGUCACUUUGAAGAGGAAAUGUUUCGCUUUUGCAACACACCCCUGCCGCUCCAAUCAAUAUGCCGCAUAGCAGUACGAAACCAUCUUAUUGGUCUGCUCAAUAGUUCGGUUGUGGUGAGACAACGAUACCCUACAACGAAGCAUGAAUCGAGUUUGAGUCGUAUGAUAAAACAUUUAGAUAUACCAAAAAUGUUGCAAAAGUAUUUGCAUCAGUUCGAUGAUUGCGCAUCUGUGAUGGGAAAUGCUUGCAAUAUAGAUGACGGUAUCUAGCAAGAUGUUAAGUAAGGCUGUUAAAUUAGUAUAAUAAGUGUUAGUUGAUAAGGUUGGUUUAAGGUUAGCUGCGGUUUCACAACGGAAGUGGAAUUUUUUAUUAUUCAAAAACUUGACUAUCCAGUACAGCGAGUAAGUAAUCUGUUAUGCAUAAUAAUUUGAAAGUUGAAUUCAUUUAUUUUCAAACACUCGCUGCAAUGAGGUAGUGGUCAAUGGGAAAUAACUGAGUCCUGGUCCGAUCAACAGCGAAAAUUAUCGUUACUUAUUUUUUCACUUAUUUUUCCAACUGCGUUUGCUCUUCGGCAGGCAAUGUCAACCCUCCCACUCACUGAUAUGUAAAAAAUGCUCCUCAUAAAAAUCUAUCAGCCCUUCAGUGGUGGUUUAGAAAAACAUUAAGAUGCAUAACACAAAUCGAUGUGGGAGCUUGGCUGAAAAUAAAAAUUCAUUCUUCUUUUGUACGAAAAAUAAAACAAAACAAAUUAAUAAUAAUAAUUAAUUUACGCACGCAAAACACAAUACGAUCGGCACAAUUGAAGUGUUCCUUAGGUAAACCCUUUAAAGAUAUAAAGGUAGACCUGAUCAAAGAAUUCGUUGGCAAUUAAAUGUUAACAGCAGUAAAAUAUAGUUACGACAUACAUACAUUUAAAGUUGUUCUGAAACAGAGAAACUUAACUAAUUAACUAGUUUAUUGUAAAUGUUAAUAAACUUUUAAAAUGAAGAAAAAAUACAUAUUUAUAUUUAUGAAA